UCGGUUUGAGAGAAAAGCAAAACAUUCUCUACAACGGUGUGGACAAUAUCUUUUAGCGGUGAAGUUGGGCUUUAAAAUCGUGAGACUGACGAUAAUACCAACGAGCCAAAACUAACAAUAUCUAUUAUCGAUGGAGUUGGACACGAACAAUUGGUUGAAGCUUGGAAAGGUUUAAUUGGAACAAGAGUUUUGGUGAAUUAGUUCAACUUCUUCUCUGCCUUUCUCUUACCAAACCCAUCUGCUUUGUUAUCUCAAAGGUCUUUUGUUCAUCCCUCCAAGCUAAUGAGCCAAUCAGAUUAUAUAGAUGAAAAGCUCAGAAUUUGUAUCUAUGUUUUGUUCUUCCCAAACAUCGACUAUGGCUCUCGUGUUCUUUCCUUUCACUAGAAUAUCCAUUUCAGCUGUUGCCGUCUUCUACCUUCUCACUUCUUGUUAUUUGUACGGAAAAGGAGACGACGCCGAGGGUGUUGCAUCGAGCGGUUUUGUUGGUUACGAGGAUCCACCCGAGAUUGUUGCCAAAGCAUUACGAUGCUUCAAUGAUAAAUAUAUAUACAGCGCGUGUGAAGAAUCGUACAGAUUAAAGGCGAGUGGGAAUGUGGAGGUCCCACUGGAAAGAACAGAAGAAUACUGCAACGGGCCGUGUUUGGGUGAAACGCACUUGGUGCUUGAUUGCAUUGACGGCAUUUUUAGCAAUUUUUUGUUUUACAAUAAGGCCACGUUGCAAGAUGUUAGGGACACCAUCCACGCUGGAUGUGGCUAUGGCCCUCAAAGAGGAAACUUCGACGUGUUGGAGCACAUAAGAGCUGAAACAGACAAAGCGUGGAGGGCUUCGAAUAAGAUAGUUAUUGGAUUUAGCUUUAUUAUUUUGGGCGUUUUUAGCUUGUUCCUUUGAAAUCCCAUUAUUAUUAUAUAAUUUUAACA